CUUUUCCUUUUUCCUUUUUCCUUUGAGUAACUCUUCUUCUAAAUCUCCUUCUUUUCCUUUCUCUAAUUAUAUUCAUAUAUCUUUUACAUGGAAAAACCAUACAAAACCAUCAUCAUCUCUCAUCAUGUUCUCCUCAUCACCAUCAUCAUCAUCUCCUUCUCCAUUGCUUCUUUUGCUUUCUGCAUCAUCUCUGAGUUCACCAAAUCCAAGAAGACGGAGAUUCGAGUGGACGGAGAGCUAUGCUAUUUGGCACGAAGCAAGGCCUUUGGUUAUGGGAUUGCUGCUUUGAUAUGUUCGGUUAUGGCUCAAAUUGUAGGAACUGGAUUCUUCGUUUUAUGUAGAAGAUCAACCGAUUCCAAGUCUUCCAACACUUGCUUUGCGACUAUUCUUUUGUCUCUCUCGUGGAUGAGUUUUUUUAUUGUGACGAUUUUAGUGGGAACGGCAACGACGAUGAACCAGAGACAAGUAUAUGGAGAAGGGUGGGUGGACGGCAAAUGUUACCUUGUGAAGAAUGGUGUAUACGUUGGCUCGGGGAUACUGGUGCUUAUCGCGACAAGUUCGACACUCUUAUCGUGUUACUUGGAGCUGAAUAAAAGUCGAGCCGUGCAUGCUCAGAUGAAAUAAUCGAAGAUAACGGACCCCAAAAUUCUUGUUGAUACUUAGGCAUAGAAACACAUAUAGAUCAAAGUGUCGAUGUGUUUUUUUUUAAACAUAUUUGAAUAUAUGUUUUUUUUGAAUUAUAUAAUUUUG